GUGUCCAUGGGCCAGCUGAUGGGCCUAGCGACCACGACUAUUCAUCCUGCCACGAUCACGAUGAGCCGCCGCCUCCGCCGCUCGCCGGCGCCCCCGAUGGACGACGACAACCUCCUCGGGGAGAUCCUGCUCCGCCUGCCCCCGCAGCCGUCGGCGCUCCCGCGCGCCGCCCUCGUUUGCAAGCGCUGGCGCCGCCUCGUCGCCGACCCCGCGUUCCUCCGCCGCUUCCGCUCUCGCCACCGGAGGCCUCCCGUCCUCGGCUUCUUCUCCACCUUAGGGAACCCCACCUUCACCCCCGCGCUCGACCCGCCGGACCGGAUCCCCACCGCGCGAUUCUCCCUGCGGCUCGAGGAGGGCGACCACUUCCAGUUCCUCGGCUGCCGCCAUGGCCGCGCCCUCGCCGUCAACAUACCGUCGCGGCCCUUCCUCCUGCUGUGGGACCCCGUCACCGGCGACCAGACCCGCCUGGCCGUGCCCCCGGAAUUCUAUGGCGACGAGACCGUCAUCUUGACCGGGGCGCUGCUUUGCUCUGCCGGCGACCAGGGACACGCGCAUGGCGAUUGUCGUCGCUCCGGCCAUUUCCAAGUGGCUCUGAUAGCCACUGUCAAAAGAAGCCAUUCUCAUCUUUUCGCAACCGUUUACUCGUCGGUGACCAGCGAAUGGGGCGAAAUUAUCUCAAUCCCGUUCAUACAUUCCAGGAUCAAGGCUUCUACAACUAUGAAAUAUUUUCAACCUGUCCUCACUCCCACUAUCUUGAUUGGGAAUUCACUCUAUUGGUCAUAUGUUCUUGGCGGAGCUUGCAUAAUUGAGUUUGAUUUGGACACGCAGAGGCUGGCAUUGAUAGAGCCGCCGCCAGAUGCAUAUGCCCACGACGAUACCGUUUUCGCGGUUAUGCCGGCUGAAGAUGGUGGCCUUGGCUUAAUCGUUGUGUCGCGCUUCCGUGCCCAACUAUGGAAGUGGAAAGCUGGUGUUCGUCACGAUGAUGUGACAUGGGUUCUGGGAAGGAUCGUUGAACUAGACAAGCUUCUUCCUCUAGGAGCAGCAGGCAAGAGGAAGCCUCUAGCCUUAGUGGGAUUCGACGAGGAAAACAAUGUGACCCUUGUAAGGACAUCUUGUGGCAUCUUCAUGGUCCAUCUCCAGUCAAUGACGUUCAAGAGACUCUGCAACAGUGGCAGUGCCAGGGAUAUCCAUAUCUAUAAUGCAUUCCCAAGUUUCUAUGAUGCAGGCAAUGGCAUUGGUGAUGGGCAUGGUGAAGGUGAAGCGUUGGACGAUAUGUAAUAAUGUUUUUCUUUCCUGGUGGGAUAUACAUUGCUGGUUGGCAAGCUGCAUUUUUUACUUGAGGAUUCAUAUAUUUUGUUCUUCUCUUGGAAGUAUUACUAGCUCUUACUGUGAUUGGCAACGGCAUUGGUGAUUGGCAUGGUGAAGGUGAAGCACUGGAUGAUAUAUAUAAGAUGUUUUCUGUUGGGUGGGAUGUACUCCCCCCGUUUCAAAAUAGUUGACUCAAUUUUGUACAAAAGUUAGUACAAAGUUAAGUCAUCUAUUUUGGAACGGAUGGAGUACAUUGCUGGUUGCUACGCUCUGGUGACCGAAAAGACCAGUGGCAUAAAAGAUUGUCUCCUGGAGAAUUUUGAUGCUCUCUCUGGAUAUUUAUCUAGGCUGGUUUGCUAUUUCAGACUGCCAGGACACAGUGGUUUUCCUUGAUGAUUGCUAUUUUUUUUCCUUCUCAUGGCAGUACACAUAUUAGUUCACAUUCAUAAGGCAUUCACACUGAUUUUCCAGGUUGCCUCAUAGUAUGCACCUAGAUUCAGAAAAUACACUUUGGCACUAGACAUUAAUAAUAUUGCUGCCCAUUUUGGAUUUGCUGUCCGGAUGGAUUAAUUAAUGCCAUGAUUUACUAUCGAUACCUCUGCUUAUGAA